AGAUUCAAAAAAUGCUGCCGGAACCAGACAUUGUUCACUGAUAAUUAAGAAAGUAGUUCCCACUCUUUCUCUCUCUACACAACACUCAUUGCACGCUUCACACUCACAAAUCUAGCUCAUUAUCUUCCUCUCUGGAUUCCAAUCAAGUUAAGUGUCUAAGCUAAGCUACUUCAAGUUCAAGUUCAAAAAUCAUAAAAGGUUCAGGUGUUAAAAUGGGAAGAUCUUCAAUACCCAUUGUGGGUAUUACUAUUCUGCUACUGUGUUGCUGCUUGGUUUCAUUUUCAGAAGCAGAAUAUUUGAAGUAUAAGGACCCAAAACAGCCAUUGAACGUUAGAAUCAAAGACUUGCUCAAAAGAAUGACAUUAGAGGAGAAGAUAGGCCAAAUGGUACAGAUUGAGAGAGCUGUUGCAACCCCCGAUGUUAUGAAGAACUACUUCAUUGGGAGUGUACUGAGUGGAGGAGGGAGUGUUCCGGCACCAAAAGCAUCUCCUGAGGCUUGGGUCCAAUUGGUGAAUCAGCUCCAAAGUGGAUCUUUGUCGACACGCCUUGGGAUUCCGAUGAUUUAUGGCAUAGAUGCAGUUCAUGGCCACAACAAUGUCUACAAAGCAACAAUCUUCCCACACAAUGUUGGGCUUGGAGCUACCAGGGAUCCUCUGCUGUUAAAGAAGAUUGGAGAUGCUACUGCUCUUGAAGUUAGAGCUACUGGAAUUCAGUAUGUUUUCGCGCCAUGUAUUGCGGUUUGCAGAGAUCCGAGGUGGGGACGAUGCUACGAAAGCUACAGUGAGGAUCCUCAGGUUGUUAGGACAAUGACAGAAAUUAUUCCUGGUUUGCAAGGAGACAUUGUUGGAAAUAAAUUAAAGGGUGUACCCUUUGUUGCUGGAAAGAACAAGGUUGCAGCUUGUGCCAAGCAUUAUGUUGGGGAUGGAGGCACAAACAAGGGAAUCAAUGAGAACAACACAGUGAUAAGUUACAAUGGAUUGCUUAGCAUUCAUAUGCCUGCAUAUCUCGACGCAAUCGCCAAAGGUGUUUCGACAGUGAUGGUUUCCUACUCUAGCUGGAAUGGCAAGAAGAUGCAUGCUAACCAUUUUCUAGUCACUGAUUACCUCAAGAACAAAUUGAAGUUCAAGGGUUUUGUCAUAUCAGAUUGGAUGGGAAUUGAUAGGAUUACUUCUCCUCCUGGUGCUAACUAUUCAUACUCAGUUCAAGCUGGUGUUAGUGCUGGAAUUGAUAUGAUUAUGGUUCCCUACAACUUCACCAUAUUCAUUGAUGACCUGACCUAUCAAGUGAAGAACAAAAUCAUUCCAAUGAGUAGGAUUGAUGAUGCUGUGAGCAGAAUCCUAAGAGUAAAAUUUGUUAUGGGGCUAUUUGAGAAUCCACUAGCUGAUCAAAGCCUGGUGAACCAACUUGGUAGUAAGGAACACAGAGAGUUAGCAAGGGAAGCUGUAAGGAAAUCACUUGUGCUGCUAAAGAAUGGUAAAUCUGCUGAGACACCAUUGCUUCCCCUUCCCAAGAAAACUGCAAAAAUAUUGGUGGCCGGAAGCCAUGCUGACAACUUGGGCUAUCAGUGUGGAGGAUGGACAAUAACAUGGCAAGGUCUUGGUGGCAAUGAUCUCACAGUUGGUACAACAAUCCUCAAUGCUGUGAAACAAACAGUUGAUCCUGCUACUGAAGUUGUCUUCAAUGAAAACCCUGACUCAAACUUUGUCAAGUCCAACAAGUUCUCAUACGCCAUAGUGGUUGUAGGCGAACCCCCUUAUGCAGAAACGUACGGCGACAGUUUGAACCUGACCAUAGCCGAGCCAGGUCCAAGCACAAUAACCAAUGUAUGCAGUUACAUCCGGUGUGUGGUGGUUCUCGUCACCGGCCGUCCAGUUGUGGUUCAGCCGUAUCUGUCAAAGAUAGAUGCACUUGUGGCCGCUUGGCUUCCGGGAACUGAAGGCCAAGGUGUUGCUGACACUCUCUUUGGUGACUAUGGAUUCAGUGGCAAGCUUGCAAGAACAUGGUUCAAGAGUGUUGACCAACUUCCUAUGAAUGUUGGUGAUAAACAUUAUGAUCCUCUAUUUUCAUUUGGUUUUGGUUUGACCACAAACUCUACUAAGUACUGAAAUGCGAGUCUUGUAUGAGAAAAUUUCUCUAGGAACACCGGGUUAUCAUUAACUUGGCAUUUAUCAUUAAUGAUUGAAUGUCUCAAACUUAAUUUUAUGAUAUUAAUAAUAGAAAAACUUUUGAUUCCUUGA